UAAUAACAAAAGAUGUCGACGACCUAAUCGGAAACAAAGUAUUGCGGUUUUUCUUAGAACUAUAUAUACCGGAGAAAUGGAUCAACUCAUCACAAAGUUCCAAGUUUGGAAAACAUAAAGACCUGUUCAAUUUUGAAUACUAACAACGUACAACGCCAAGAUGCAUUUCGCAACUGUUUUAUUCAUGGCCGCCAUGGUUGCUUGUGCUGCAGCAUCGUGCGGCUCCAAGCCUGCUCCAAGCUGCGGGUCUUCUGGAGGUUGUAGACAAUCUGGAGGGAGCAGACCUUCUGGAGGGAGCAGACCUUCUGGAGGGAGCAGACCUUCUGGAGGUUGCGGGGCUCCUGGAGGCUGUGGACCUUCUGGUUCCAAAGUAGACCUUGUUGGUGUCAACAUUGACAACAAGGUAGGAAACAUCGGGGGAAUCAACAAAGGCAACAACGAAGUUGUCAAUUCUGUCAACACCCUCGUAAGCCCUUCAAGUUGCAGCACCUGUUAAUCCAACCAAUUUCAAGUUUAAGGGAUGAUCUAAUUACUUCCCCAGGAAAUAAUUUCAAGAAAAAGUUACAAUUUACAACAAAAAUAAGUUUUCAAAUUAUCAAAUUGGUCAAUUUUUACUGUAUAAAAAAUUAAGUCGUUUAAUAAAAGAACUUUUGGUUAA